AUGGCUGGCCCCGUGCGAGUCGGUGGGGCCGGGGCUCUGGACUUGGUCCGGGCCCUGCCCCGCGUGAGCCUGGCCAACCUCCGGCCGAACCCCGGCUCCAGGAAGCCGGAAAGACGACCAAGAGGUCGGAGAAGAGGUAGAAAAUGUGGCCGAGGCCAUAAAGGAGAACGGCAGAGGGGAACCCGGCCCCGACUGGGCUUCGAGGGAGGCCAGACCCCGUUUUACCUCGUAAUCCCCAAAUACGGGUUUAAUGAAGGACAUAGCUUCAGACGUCAAUAUCAGCCUUUGAGUCUCAAGAGACUGCAGUAUCUUAUUGAUUUGGGUCGAGUUGAUCCUACUCAACCUAUUGACUUAACCCAGCUUGUCAAUGGAAGGGGUGUGAACAUUCAGCCAUUUAAAAGGGAUUAUGGUGUCCAGCUGGUAGAGGAGGGUGCUGAUAACUUUAAGGCAAAAAUUAAUAUUGAAGUACAGUUGGCUUCAGAACUAGCCAUUGCUACAAUUGAAAAAAAUGGUGGUGUUGUUACUACAGCCUUCUAUGAUCCAAGAAGUCUAGAGAUUCUAUGCAAACCUGUUCCAUUCUUUCUGCGGGGACAACCCAUCCCAAAAAGAAUGCUUCCACCCGAAGCCUUGGUUCCGUAUUAUACUGAUGCAAAGAAUCGUGGUUACCUGGCGGAUCCUGCCAAGUUUCCUGAAGCAAGACUGGAACUUGCCAAGAAAGAGGAAGAGAAAAGGAUAGAGUUAGAAACAUCGAUCAGCUACUUCUUGCACACCUCGUACUGGAGAUGUGCCUGCAACCAAGGUAUAUGCCUUUGA